AUGCUGUCUAAUAUUCCAUUGGAUAUCUCGGUAUCCUCAACUCUUGCCAAAUUCUCACCUUUCAAUAUUAGUUUUAUGAAACCAAACUCUUUCCCUUCCAAGGUUUCACCUUCCUCCCAUGAAUUCUCUCUCAUUUCUCUCUCGAACUCAGGAAUUUGCAGGGCUAGUGAAGUUGUUGACUUGUUCCCAGCAGUGUCCUCCGAAAUUAUUGUCCGCGAAGCAAGGUUAGAGGACUAUUGGGGAGUAGCAGAGACUCACUGCAAGUGCUUCUUCCCUGAAUAUUCCUUCCCAUUAGAUUUUGUGCUGAGAAUGGACAGAUUGGUUGUGGCUAUGUUAGCAGCUAUGUUAGCCGGAUUGUUUAGGCCAAGAGACUGCAGAAGAAUCUGUUUGGUAGCUGUUAUUGGCAGCUCACGUGAUGAGUCCUUUUCAUUUAGAAAUGAGGGUCACAAGAUUGGUGGUUUUGAUGGGAAAUUUAGUCUCAACAAGGGCUAUGUGGCUGGUAUAUUAACAGUAGACAAUAAUGCAGACUUUCUACCAAGAAAGGGGCCACGACGACAUAGAAGGACUGGAAUUGCAUACAUAUCAAAUGUGGCAGUAAGGGAAAAUUUUCGGAGGAAGGGAAUAGCUAAAAAACUGAUAGAAAAGGCAGAGUCUCAUGCCAGAAGUUGGGGCUGUCGUGCUAUUGCGUUGCAUUGUGACUUGAACAAUCCUGUGGCCACAACGUUAUACAAAGGUCAAGGGUACAAAUGUGUCAUGGUUCCAGAAGGAGCAAAGUGGCCUCAGCCAAGGACCUCACCAGAUAUCAGAUUCAACUUCAUGAUGAAACUUCUCAAAAAUUCACUAGCUUCCUAG